AUGCACGUGUCACUCAUCCGCAACCACUGGGGCCCGCGGCUGAUAUCGCGGAUGCCGCGACUCCGCUUCGGGACGGUGCACUUUGUCAACAACUACGUGGAGGAUUGGGUCGCAAACGCCAUUGGGAUUGACGACACGCCCACGCUCCUGAGCGAGAACAACUACUACGAGGCGAGAAGCAACCGCGAGGUGGUCAAGUAUUGGAGCUCGGGGGGCAACCUGACGACUUUCGGCGACCACUUUGCGAACGGCGCAUACUUUGUGGAGUCUGGCAGCAAGGACUACGUGCCGCCCUAUCCUUACAACUGCGCCCCGGCCGACGAAGCCCUGCGGGACUCCGUUCGACGGACGGCGGGCUGGAUUCCGGUUUCGCUGCCUCCUGACGUAGGCGGAAGCGGAAUUGGUGAGACGGAUGUGGAGGCGUCAGAUACGACCAUGCUGAUUGAUCAAGACCUGCAAGCAGAUUCCGAUUAG